UGCUCUCACCGCAUCCGAACAUUUUCCACGCCGCUCUCUGACAGAUCUCUCUCUCUCUCUCUCUCCAAUGCUCGAACUCUGUGCUAAGAAAUCAUCACAUGUACAAGUGUGACGCUAAACUCGCAAUAUCUCAUGUGACAUUCACGCACAUCUCUCUCUCCCUUUUCCUCUCCCUCGCUGGAAUUGCGUUGCGGAGUGCACUUUGAAAAGAUCGAUCCAUUUCCAUCCAUCUUUGACCAAUCUCAUCCUCCUCCGACGAUCUCAAUCCAACCACCGAGAAAUCCGAAGUGCGAGAAUGAAGUUCAAAUCGCCAUCUGCUUCAGCAACCGCCGUUCUCAGCCCCCCACUAAUCUCUUUCGAACAUAAGAGGGAUGCUUAUGGGUUUGCUGUGAGACCUCAGCAUGUACAAAGAUAUCGGGAGUAUGCUAAUAUAUAUAAGGAGGAAGAGGAGGAAAGAUCAGAAAGGUGGACAAAUUUCCUUGAACUGCAAACAGAGUCUGCACAAUUGCCUAUAAAUGGGUUGUCUUCAGAAGAAGAUGAGAAGGCAACACAUGUUGAAGAUGCUAAGCAGGAAGAAAAUGUUUCUUCAGAGAAAAGCACGGAAGAAGAUAACUUAAUUGGUGAGAAGCAGGGUUCUGAUGCUUCAGUUGACGAUAUCAAGGAGGAGGGUGUUCCAGUGGAAAUGGAGACGAAAACUCAUAGGGUGCAAAUUUGGACCAAGAUUAGACCAUCCCUUCAUGCUAUUGAGGAUAUGAUGAGUAUCCGUGUGAAGAGGAAGAGCAGCUCAUCAGAAACUGAGCAAGACACUCGCCUAGGAAAGCCACUUCCUCCUGUUGAAGAGGUUAAAUCUGUGAAAGGAGCACUAGAAGAGGACUCUGAAGAGGAGUUUUAUGAUGUGGAGAGAUCAGAUCUAACUCAAGAUGUCCUUUCUAGUGAUAGUGCAAGUGCCUCUACACCGACAGCUGCUGCUGAUGUUGCUCCUUCGGAAAGUUUAUUUCCGUGGAAAGAAGAGUUGGAAUGUCUUGUUCGUGGGGGAGUGCCCAUGGCUCUGAGAGGAGAGCUUUGGCAAGCCUUUGUGGGAGUGCGGGCUCGUCAUGUGGCGAAGUAUUAUCAAGAAUUGCUCAGUGCAGAAACUAAUUCUUGUGAAGAACAAGGUUUGCAUUCAAACAACAAUAUCAAGGGGUCACAUAUGGCCUCUGUGUGUGUACCUGAGAAAUGGAAAGGACAGAUUGAAAAGGAUUUACCUCGAACUUUUCCUGGUCAUCCUGCUCUGGAUGAGGAUGGUAGAAAUGCUUUGAGGCGUUUGCUAACAGCAUAUGCUCGACAUAAUCCCUCUGUUGGGUACUGUCAGGCCAUGAAUUUCUUUGCGGGCUUGCUACUGCUUCUGAUGCCUGAGGAAAAUGCCUUUUGGACCCUAAUGGGUAUUCUUGAUGACUACUUUGAUGGCUAUUACUCGGAGGAAAUGAUCGAGUCUCAGGUUGACCAACUUGUUUUUGAGGAGUUGGUGCGUGAGAGAUUUCCUAAACUGGUGAAUCACCUGGAUUACCUUGGAGUGCAGGUGGCAUGGGUUACUGGGCCCUGGUUCCUAUCAAUUUUUAUGAAUAUGCUUCCAUGGGAAAGUGUUCUUAGAGUAUGGGAUGUGCUUCUCUUUGAAGGAAAUCGCGUGAUGUUAUUUAGAACAGCACUUGCCUUGAUGGAGUUCUAUGGACCUGCAUUAGUGACUACCAAAGAUGCUGGCGAUGCAGUUACUUUGCUGCAAUCAUUGGCUGGCUCAACAUUUGAUAGCAGUCAACUUGUGUUGACAGCUUGCAUGGGGUACCCAAAUGUAAAUGAAACUAGGUUGCAGGAAAUGAGAAAUAAACAUCGGUUAUCUGUAAUAGCUGCAGUUGAGGAAAGAUCAAAGGGACUUCGAGUUUGGAGGGAUUCCCAGGGUUUGGCAUCUAAGUUAUAUAAUUUCAAGCAUGAUCCUGGAUCAGUGAUAGCAGAAACCAAUAAAUCAGAUCAAUUAGUUGAUACACAGACAAAUGGUGAUGCAUUUCAUGUAGGGUCUGGGAGCGCUAAUGUGGAUGGAUACCUUAUGGCCCUGACAGGAGAUGCAGAGAUAGGUUCUGUUCCAGAUCUUCAAGAACAGGUGAUGUGGUUGAAGGUCGAAUUGUGCAAGUUGCUAGAUGAAAAGCGAUCUGCAGUUCUCAGAGCUGAGGAAUUGGAGACAGCCUUGAUGGAGAUGGUCAAGCAGGAUAACCGACGGCAAUUGAGUGCAAGGGUUGAGCAACUAGAGCAAGAGGUUGCUGGGCUUCGGCAGGCCCUUGCUGAUAAGCAGGAACAAGAAAAUGCCAUGCUUCAGGUUUUGAUGAGGGUAGAGCAAGAACAAAGGGUAACAGAAGAUGCCCGCAGAUUUGCUGAGCAAGAUGCAGCAGCUCAGAGAUAUGCUGCUCAAAUGCUUCAGGAAAAAUAUGAGGAGGUUACUGCUAACCUGGCUGAGAUGGAGAAGAGGGUGGUGAUGGCGGAGACAAUGUUGGAAGCCACUUUACAGUACCAAUCUGGCCAAAGUAAAGCACAACCAUCUCCACGAUCUGUGCAGCAAGAUUCUUCACCUGGGCGGAGCAAUCAAGAGUCUACCCAGGAGCUUCCUGUGAGAAAGAUCAGUUUGCUAUCUAGACCAUUUGGACUGGGUUGGCGUGACAGGAACAAGGGAAAGCCAGCGAAUGUUGAGGAGCCAACUGACGACAAAUCUGCCAAUGAGAGUCAGAGUCAGAGUGCCCAACAGGAGGACACUAAUGGCCGCCAAGUGCAGGAGAAACAGUAAGCAUUUGAAGUUACGGAACAAGUUAGAAAAUAUGUCAUUCCCUGGAUUCUUCUAUUCUGUCAGCUUGGGGAAAUAUAGCCUGUAUUACUGUAGUUUGCGAGCAUCUUGGAUUUUGUUUUCCUUUCUAUAUCCCAAUUCCAGUAUAAAGGGUCAUAUGCCAAUUUAUUGUUUGUUUGUUCAUUAGUUAUUAGUUAGUAAAAAUAAUAGUUCAGGGGGAGGGGAAAUUGUAAAAAGAAAGGAGUCCAGGAAUACUCAUGGUUAUUAACUUUAUUAUAAUCAUUCAAUUUGUUGUAUUGCA